UCGGUCCUCCGGCAGAAAUAAGAGCCAUGGGACGGUACUCAAGAUGGCGCAGGCAAAUCAACUUCCGGUGAGACCGAGGACCGAGGAGCGAGGAAAUGAAAAUAGUCGACCUGAGAAGCAGCCAUAGACUUCAAUCCUUCACAAAGCGGAAGGGAAACAUGCAUGACAUAAUUUGUUUAUUUUGCAUGACCCCAAAUGAUCCAUAACAAUAUGUUAAUGUAUGGCAGUUUCAGUAAAGCUGCACCGGACACCAUAAAACUCUCAAUAAUUGCAAACAAAAGGCAGACGAAUCACAAGCUCCACCUCAUGACAUUUUUUUAUAUGCCAUCUUAAUACGCCUUACAUAUAACAGUUUGCUCUCUUUAGUUUUGAUGGUGUUGAGCUGUGAACCACAAGCCACAUUCCUGUAGUCAUGAGGCCGAGCUGAUCUGAGUCACACGCUGAGACGGGGAGAAACAGAAAGAGAGAAGUCAGAAAGAAACUCUGCUAGGGUUCAUUUCAGUGUGAAAGUACGACACGGUCUGUAAGCAAGACAUGGUUACUUUCAAGGGAUCUACUACAGAAAUGGGCUGAAAAAGGAAUACAAUCAUCACAAUGUUGACAAUGCAGGAUUUGAAAUGAUGGAGAGCAAGAACAAUGUUUGUUCCGUGAUGAAGGACGGUGAGAUGGAUGUGCAGGUCAGAGAAACCAAAGCUCAGUCAGAGCAGUCCAACAACAACAGAACCAACUGGUCAAAUGGUCAGUGUGUUGUGGCGAUGCCCAGCUGUUCGAUGCUAAACCCAAGCUUUGAUCUGUCUCUCUGCCGAGCCAAACUUGAGAAUGAUGGCUUUCAGAUUCCAGAGGAAGACAUGGAGGCUCCUCUGAAGACAGCUCUGGAAGUUCCCUCAGUCAGGAGAUACAUGGUUUUCAACUCUGCCCUCUUCCAUUUCUUAAUGGCACCGGUGCUGUAUCUGGUGGUGUGGUGCGCUGUGUUCUCCACCCUCCACGUCUUUAUCACAGUUAGUGACUACUGGGUCCUCUGCCUCUCUGUCAGCCUGGUCUCUAUCUUCCUCACCACUGCCAUAAUAUUCAUCCUCCACUGCAGUAACAAGGAGAUUGACAUGAAUUUAGACGUCCGGUUAAUCCAGGUGAAUGAGAGGCUGGUUAAACACAAGCUGAUGGUGGCCGUGGUUGACUGGGUGCAGUCCUGCUCAGGAAACAUGCAGCUGUCUUUUGUGUAUUGGGACAUGUCCCGCUGUCUGAGGGCACUGACUGAAACUUUAGAGGAGCGCAGCUUUGUGGUGAAUGACACCCAGAACAAAUUGAAGAAGAAAAUGUCGCAUCUGGCCCUUGUGACGGAGGAAACGGCGGUUGACCUCAAGGUUGGAGGGUCAGAUGUGGAGCAGGACCCUGAUGAACAGAGGCCUCUGCUGAGCCAGGAGAGCACGGGCAGCAGUACUCCAUCCAGCCCGCCAGAGGCUGCCAAAGUCACCACCAACUACAGCCUCAUCCCUGACCAGUCGUUACCUGCUCAGGCUAAAGCCUACCAGCUUCUGAUGACCUACAGUGCAGCGUACGUGAAGCUGCUGGUGUCCCAGCGGCUGUCAGGACCGACCCACCACCGCCUCCGGCCCCGGAGGAAUCACUGCACCACCGCUCCUCUCUGCCUCUGCCAGUACAUCAAAAAGCAGAUCCUUCGAUAACACAAACCUGCUUCAUGGAGCGUGACUUUUUUUUACUUUGCACCUAUGCUCUGGAGACAAACUGAUUUGUUGGAUCAUUUCCUUAAAUGAAGGACUUGUUUGGAGCUUCACACUCCAGUCUGCAGGCGCCUGUACUGAUGUUUUUCUUAUACCAGCUCUGUGUUUGCAUCACCUGGAUCCUCGUCUAUUUGUUCCCAACAAUUCCUGCACUGUGCCAAACGCUGUAAAACAAUGUUUGCACUCCUGUACACAUGACAAUCACGGCCUUAGUUACUGAUGUUUUGAGUAUUUGCACAAAUAUUAUAAAAAAUCUUGUGAUUUGAUUUUCAGUAGAUUAUUUAGUAUGUCUGUUUAUGGUUGAGCUGAAGGCAGUGGUGGAAAGUAUCUCAGUAUAGUUUCUCAAGUUCUGUACCUUGGUACAAUGUUAAGGUACUUUAGUAUUUUUAUUUCAUGCUACUUAAUACUUCUUCAGUACAGUUUGUCGUAAGUGUCGUAAGUAGCACUACAUUAAAACAGCUGUAAUUAAAGUUACUUUUCAUAAUAAGAUACAAAUUAAACUAGUUGUUUUCAAUCCUUUUAUCUUCUGACCUUUUAUUGUCAGUUUGUCAGCAGUUUCAUUUGAUGCAUUUUUAUGUUUCGUAUGAAGUAAACUGCUUACGUAAAGUAUUUUAAAAUUCCCCAUAUAAGUACAAUACUUGAGUAUACGUAUGAACUUACUUUCAUUGUUCCACUGGAUUUUAAUUGUAGAACUAUUUUUCAUGUUGAUUUAUUGGUGAAGUUAGAAGAAGUACUUUGUAAUUUAACAAAUUGAAAAUUAAUUUCCAUUUAGUUUCCAAAUAGAACCUUGUAAUCUGUGUUUCGUAGAAAAUAUUUACCCCAUGUCCACUGCAGGAAACAUAUCUUUAAAUAAAUAUUAAAAAAAUAUUGAGAACAAAA